UAAAGCGGACUCUUUACUGUUCUGGCUCGGCACUGCACGGCAGGAGAAGACCGAUAACAAAAACAACACGGGGAACUCAGCCUUCCUUCUCUGUUUCAGACCACAUCUGAGACUUGCCUUUUCUAUCGCGUAUUUUUCUUGCUCACGCCCAGGCGUGGCAAACUAAAAGCCGUCGCAUCUAAAGGAUCCACGUCGGUCCUCAAAUGAGAGAUCAUCUGCGACUGUCUCCUGAAACAGAAAUGUCUGCAACAAUGCUGUCCGCUUUCUACGACAUCGACAUGCUGUAUAAGCAGGAGAAGAGCCUCAACAUGAACGCGCUUCACAUUAACAGUAUGCUGGAUAAGAAAGCAGUCGGAGCCCCCGUAACAGCCUCCAGCAGCACCAACAAUUGUAACUCCUACACGUCAGGAUUUUUCCGCCGAAACUCCACCAGCAACAUGGAGUGCAUGACGAACGGCAACAAGUACCCCUCCUUUAACAACAUGAAGGAGACCGCCAUCAUGAACAAGGAGAACAAGUUUCGCGACCGCGCCUACAGCGAGAGCGGGGAGCGCGGCCAGCUGCAGCAGCUGCAGGCGCUGCAGCAGAAGCCGGGCUCGCAGAUCAACUCCACCCGCUACAAGACCGAACUCUGCAGGCCCUUCGAGGAAAACGGGUCGUGUAAAUACGGCGAAAAGUGCCAGUUCGCCCACGGCUACCACGAGCUGAGGAGCUUGUCCCGCCACCCUAAGUACAAGACCGAGCCCUGUCGCACUUUCCACACCAUCGGUUUCUGUCCGUACGGCCCGCGCUGCCAUUUCAUCCAUAAUGCCGAUGAAAGAAGACCAGCGCCCGCCAACGCCAACAGCCUGCAGGGCGAGCCCACCAAGACCGCCCGGGGGGAGUCGAUGUGCGGCUACGGUCAGCAGCAGGUGGCGGGAGCGUUCAGGGACAGACCCAAACUCCACCACAGCCUCAGUUUCUCGGGUUUCUCCAGCCACCAUCACGGACUCGACUCGCCCCUUCUCGAUAGCCCCACGUCCCGCACUCCGCCACCCCCCUCCUCGUCAUCCAACAGCUGCACCGCUAACUUUUACGAAGACGCUCUAUCGCCCAGCUCCGUGACCCGUUGCCUUAGCAACAGUGCCUUCUCUUUUCCCGGGCAAGACCUUAAAGCCCUGCUCGCCCCGCUGGCCGUGCACACGCACAACGGUUACACCGGCCAGUCCAAUGGUGCUUACUACGGAAACCUUCAGGUCAACUUGGGCGGCGGCCCUCCUUCUCCCCCGUACGGCCACCUGCAGUCCCUCCACCCCCUGUCAGAGUCGCCGGUGUUCGACUCGCCCCCCAGCCCGCCGGACAGCAUCUCAGACCGGGAGAGCUACGCCAGCGGCUCGCUCAGCUCCUCCGGAAGUCUCAGCGGCUCCGAGUCUCCCAGUCUGGACGGCGGGAGGCGUUUGCCAAUCUUCAGCAGGCUGUCGAUUUCUGACGAUUAAGCGGCGUUUUGUUUUCUUUCUAGUGAACUUUGGAGGAAUGUUCCAAGUCUCCCGUUAGAUGUGUAGUCGAAUAAUAGACUUUAAUACGAAGGGAGAUGGAUGUGUCAGACCCUCGGCAUGGCAUUAGGUGAUUUUUGUAACAGAAUGCAUUCCACCGGUGAUAUAUCUGUGCUGCAGUUUUCUCGGUCUCGAGUUUUUUCUCUCGGACCGAUUACUUUCCAGAUUUGUACAAAAAACUUGUUUUGAACGUGAAAGACAGAGCGGUUUCAGAUUUUCCUCCAUCCUUGCCAAGAAUAUGCCUUGACAAAAGUAUACCAGUAUGUAUGCGCUUCUCACAGAAACUUCCAUUCCAGUUUAACCAGUUUCACAGCGCCACCCAGUGGUUCGGUCGGUUCGUGCAGGUUGAAGCUCUCGUGUUGGGAAAUCACUGCUGAUGGUUGAAUAUAUCUAUUUUUUUUAGCUGAUUCGAGUGAUUGCAUAGCAGUGAGAAUAGCUGGCUAUGGACUAUUUAACUUAUUUAUUUUAUCUUGUGAAAAGUAUAGGCUACAUUGUUAAUUGUGUCCAUACUGUAUUUAUCAAGUAUGAUGAAGCAAUAGAUCUAUAUUCUUUUAUGUUUAAAUUAUGAUCGCCAUUAUUAAUCUACAUAAAGUGGAGUGUAUGUUCCUUUUCACAGUAAUAUAUAUUUUUGUUGUUUGGUCUCUUUUGUAACUUCACUUUAUUUUAUUGUAAAUUGAGUAAAAAAAUCUUAAUUUAAGAGAUUGUAUGUGAUAUUUAUUUCAUUAAUUUUGUUUCCUUGUUUACGUUCAUUAAAAAAAAAAGAGUUUGUGUGA